AUGAAUCGCACAAAAGAGUAUUAUGUGAAUAGAUGGAUGGAUGGAUGGAUGGAUGGAUGGAUGGAUGGAUGGAUGGAUGGAUGGAUGGAUGGAUGGAUGGAUGGAUGGAUGGAUGGAUUAGAAGUAAUAUUGUUAAUCCAGCCAGCCAACUCCACCCAUCCAACAAUAAAUAAUAAUAAUAAUAACAAACGAUCAACCAACCUUAUCCAACCAACCUCCUACCAACCAACCCUUUGGAAAAUUACUAGUAUAACAUUGGAUCAAUCAUAUGAUAUAAUUUUCAAUAAUCAGUCAUUCUAUUCUACUAGUAAACGUUUCCUUUUAUAA